AUGUUCAUUCCCCAUUUCGCUAUGGCUUCCAAUGUGUUUGCCAAUUUUGUCAUUUGGACGAGUUUGGGCAGAAACAAAAGCUCCCCAUUUGGGGCGAAUGUUCUGCGAAGCUCCUUGUCAGCCAUGACAACUGAUUUUGCAUGGGACAAUGACAUGAAGAAAGAUUCCGAAACAUUGAAACCGUCACGGGCAAGAUUCUCGACUGGCCUCACGAUUGAUUCCCAUAGAAGCUUUCCAGCCCGUCAAGCUGUUCCGGCACAGCUAUCGACAGAGGACCAGUUUUCCACUUCGAAAGGUCCCGAACAAGCAUUUCCUCUGAAAAUCAACAUAAGCCCUCCUCCACCAAGGCCAUUGAAGGACGGGCUAACGACCCCCAGACAGAGUGCGGCCCCCACAGCAGCAUCAACGGCAUGGCCUCCUCUAGCCACAAUUCCAUGGCGGGCUAUGACCUUCUGCCCUUUACGAGCAAGAGCAAUUUUCGGGUUUGAUACCAAGAACUCGAGUAAGAAGAAAAUGGCAAAACUGAGCCCCAAAGGUAGAGAUGCUAAAACGGAGAAAAUUUGA